UGGCAACUUCCGGCAGUCAACAUGGAACACAACUAUACUUCACAAUUCUCGAAACCCAAUGGCCGAUUGUUUAUGGACCCGAGUAUAACAUAGGAUUCAUGGGCUUCGAAAAACUACAUCCAUUUGAUGCUGGAAAAUGGGGAAGAGUCUAUGCAUUUUUAAAAGAAAGUGGAAUGAUAAGAGAUGACACUACAGUUCGGCCACGAGAAGCAUCUCAAGAAGACCUUCUUGUCGUACAUUCUAAACAGUAUAUCGACAGUCUUAGGUGGAGCGUAAAUGUUGCGUCAAUAACAGAGGUACCUCCUGUAGCUCUGCUGCCGAAUUUUAUCGUCCAAAAGAAAGUGCUUCGCCCAUUCAGAUUUCAGACUGGAGGAACAAUAUUAGCUGCCAAGAUGGCUAUAGACAGAGGUUGGGCCAUUAACAUUGGAGGCGGGUUCCACCAUUGUUGCGGUGACAGGGGUGGGGGAUUCUGUGCAUACGCUGACAUCACACUAGCUAUUAAGUUCCUCUUUGAGAGAGUGCCAGGUGUGAAUCGUGCAAUGAUUGUUGACCUUGAUGCCCAUCAGGGUAAUGGACACGCAAGAGACUUCAUGGAUGACUCUCGGGUCUUCAUAAUGGAUGUAUAUAAUAGAGAAAUCUACCCACACGAUGGAUUUGCUAAAAGGGCAAUAAAGAGAAGGGUGGAACUGUUUUCCUUUGUGGAAGAUGCUGAAUAUUUGCAGUUAGUCAGAACACAUUUAGAGGGGUCUCUAAAUGAGUUCACACCAGACAUCAUAGUAUACAAUGCUGGUACAGACAUUCUAGAAGGAGACCCCUUAGGCUGUCUAUCAAUCACUGCUCAGGGAAUAAUAGAACGAGACCAGAUAGUAUUCCAAAAGGCCCGUACAUGUGGAAUCCCAAUUAUGAUGGUGACAAGUGGGGGCUACCAGAAGGAUACUGCAAGGAUCAUUGCUGAUUCAGUACUUAACCUACAUCAACUGGGCCUCAUUAAUUGUGAAGCUGCAGAAAGGUGUCCUCCGCCAGUUUUAGAAUCUGAGGCACCUACAAAAAGUUUAAAAAGUCUGAAAAAACUCAAAAAAUAAAAGAUUCAGAAAAAAUCCAGAAGUACGCCCUUCAUCAUUACCCAGGAGUCAAAGUGAUGGUGGAAUCUGGUCAAGAUUAAGACGUAACUGCCUGGAAUUGACCCGAUCACAGACCCAGGAAGAUAUGACGUUACAAGUUCAGAGUCCAGUGUCAUCACCAGGAGCUGAGAUACAAACAAUUCCUGAGGGAGAAAAAGUGUGAUCUCUGAAUUAUCCAUGACUUUUACUUUAUGUAGAUAUCUCCAGUGCUCAUGAUAUCACCACCAAUAUGUGGUGACAUAUUGUUACAAAUUGAAAUUCAGCAUCUGUAACAUAUCGUUACACUUUUGUGAUUAUAAUUUGCAAUAAUUUACCAGUUUUGUAGUAAUUUUGACUAAAAUCAAAACUAUAGUGCAUAUUUCAGUUUCAUGGAGAGCAUUUUAGUUUCAAUUAUUUGAAAGUCAGAUUGGCUUUGACAGGAGAAGGUGUUAUGCUCAAGAAAAGAGAUAAACUUCUUGAGAAGUCAUGAAUAAGAAACCACCAUGAAUUUGAGUAACAUUGCAUGCUACUUAAUUGAAUUUAUUUCAUAUAAUGAAGACUGUUGAAAUAUAUUUUAGAGGGGGUAUUUGUGAACUAUAUAAUAGAACACAUAACAACUUAUAUGAGCCUAUAUAAAAUUAUAACCUUAUUAUCGGUUCUAUCUUUCUACUUGCUAUCAUCCUUGCAGAAUAUUUACAUUCCUAUUGCUUCUGGCAUCAGCUGUUUUUAGUCUGAUUUCAUUGUUCAUUGAUUAGAGCUAGUCAAUAUAUGAUAAUUGAUCAUACGAGAUUAUUGCAUGUACAUGUACUUAAUUAUUGUUUUAUUUGCAAAACUAAUUAGUGAGGCUGUUGUUAUAUUUAUUUAUUAAUUGAUUACGUUAUAUACAUAAUAGAUUGUAUCAGAUAAUUGUGCUCUUCUUGGGAGAAUAUGAAUGUUUUGCAUUAACUUUUAUGUACCCCUCCCUUAUUCCCACCUGCCCAGGAACAUUCCAUCUAUUGUAAAUGGGGGAUUUGUAUGAAGAAAGUACUUUUUCUACGCAGUUAUGUUCACAACUUUUGUCAGUAUUAAAAAUGUCAUUUGUCAUUUAAUGUCAUUUCUCAUUAUUAGAAAUCCAAGUUAUGUAAUUAUACAUGCAUGCUUCACUGUUUCGACUUAUGGCUACCAUCUUGUUCACAUCAUGUUUUAGAUAUUUUAUGCUUUUGUUUGCCAUUCUCACUGUAAUUAUCCCACUGAACGAAGUUUGUAGGGAUAUAGAGAAGC